UGAUGACUUUAAGACUGGAUUGGAUUUGAUGAAAGAAACUACUAUAAAUAUUCGCUAUCGAAUAUACAUAAUUGGAAAAGGAAAAUGGAAAUAAUGUAAGAUGAAAUGAGAAAACUGGAUUGGACUUUUUGUAAAACAAAAUAGUGAAAAUAAUAAAUACCAAAGAAAUGAAAAUACUAACGACAAGGCAGUAAGGCCCCUGGCUGUAGCCUGUUCGAAAGAACGAAUUAAUAUAAAAAAAAAAAAAAAAAAAAAUAUAUAGAUUUGAUAAGGAUAAAACAUGUUUAUUUGAUUGGCUUCUUUCUUGCCUUUUGGUGCGUACACAAAAAUUAAAAUGGACACUCUUUAUUCUGAUUUAAGUAAGAACUUAACACAACCAAUAAUCAAGAAACUUUCACAAAAUCGCAUUAAAACAUUAAUUGAUUUUCUGCAAGAAGACAUAGAGAAGUUAUCCAACUUAACGAAAUUAGAGAUACCAUGUAUUCUGCAAAUUCGAAAAAAUAUAUUUGAAAUAUAUUCUGCAACUGUAGUAAAUAGUCUCUCUUUAUUUAAUACAGUAUGCUCACGAAUUACAGAACUUGAAACAGGAAUAGAGAGUUUAGAUUCAAUUUUAAAUGGAGGUAUAAAUAUAGGAUAUAUAACUGAAGUAUGUGGAUUAGCUGGUUCAGGGAAAACACAGUUGUGUAUGCAAUUAGCUGUAAAUUGUGUGAAGAAUAGAGACAAAACGGUACUUUAUAUAGAUUCAAAGGGUGACUUUUCUGCUAUAAGAAUACAGAAAGUAUUAGAAGAAUGUAGUUUUUCUCAUAAGGAAAUGGCAGCUGUAAUGCUAAAAAUAAAAGUGGCAUUCAUAUGGACCAUGGAUGAAUUAGUUGAUAUUUUACUUCAAGUAAAAAAUAAUAAAAAUGAGUAUAACUGUUUAUCACUGAUUAUACUUGACUCACUGCCUUCUUUAAUGUUUCAACACUUUGGAGAUGAGAAUAAGAUUGGCUUAAAGUUUCUCAACAUAUUUGUUAACCAUGUAAAGUAUAUCUGCAAAACCAUGGAAGUUGCUGUCAUUUGUGUGAAUAUACAAACAAGGUGGAUAGAUCAAAGUGUAUCUGAUGUAAAUGAUAAUGAAUCAUCUGAUCUUACUACAAGUGAUACUUACUAUAGGGAAAAUAUUAAUCGUUGUUUAGGCAAAUACUGGAAAAACAUUCCUAAGACUAUAAUAAUCUUAGAGAAAAUUAGACAGAAGAAUACACAAAUUGAAAAUAAUGAUACACAUAUUCAAACAACUGUGUUAAACUGUGACAUUGGACAAAUUAAGAAAUCUGUGUUAACUAUAACUUCCAGCGGUGUUAUUUAAUAAAAUAAAUCAUUUAAUCACUCCAUACUGUAUCUUCACCAAUAAGCCGUUGUUUCAACAUUGUUGCCGGGGGAUGUCCACUGCUGAACAAAGGCCUACCACAAAGAUCGCACUGACAACAGGUCCUGCGCUGCACAUUCAUUCAACCUAUUUUGGCAAUCUUGAUCAGAUCAUCGGUUGAUCUUAUGGGGGGCCUACCAACACUGUUGUCUGGUAUGUGGUCGCCACUCAAGAACUUUACUAUCCCAAUAACUAUCUGUCUGUCAAGCUUUGUGCCCCGCCCAGUGCCACUUCAGUUUUGCAAUAAUUUGGGGUAUGUCUGUGACUUUGGUUCUCAAUACAAUAAAUAAAUAAUAAAUACAA